GUUGCAGCCAUCUAUAAAGAUUCAAGUAUUGGAAAUCUUAUAAAUAUAGUUAUUGUAAAAUUAAUUGUAAUUCACAAUGAACAGGAAGGACCAGCUAUCACUUUUAAUGCAGCUACUACUCUUCGUAAUUUUUGCUUAUGGCAGCAAGCACAAAACACUUUGGAUGAUGCUCACCCUUCUCAUCAUGAUACUGCUGUUCUUAUCACUAGGGAAGACAUCUGCAGAGCUAGAGAGAAGUGUGAUACUCUUGGUUUAGCAGAGCUAGGUACAAUGUGUGACCCACUACGCAGCUGUUCUAUAAGCGAAGAAAAUGGAUUGAGUGCCGCUUUUACUAUAGCGCAUGAGCUUGGACAUGUAUUUAAUGUACCUCAUGAUGACAGUUUUAAAUGUAAAGAAGCUGGAAUUAAACAUCAAUACCAUGUGAUGGCUCCAACUUUAAAUUAUCACACAAGUCCAUGGACCUGGUCAAAAUGCAGUCAAAAAUAUAUCACUGAAUUUCUUGAUACUGGUUAUGGUGAGUGUCUCCUAGACAAACCUAGUGGAAGAAUAUAUGAUCUUUCCUCUCAGUUGCCUGGGUCAAUGUAUGAUGUCAACAAGCAGUGUGAACUUAUGUUUGGUCUUGGGUCACAAGUGUGCCCAUAUCUGAAACAAUGCAAACGCUUAUGGUGCACAAGUACAGAAGGUGUUCACAAGGGUUGUCGUACUCAGCACAUGCCUUUGGCUGAUGGAACAGUUUGUGGUGUAGGAAUGCACUGCCGCCACGGAAUUUGUGUGAGCAGAGAAAUGGAGACACGUCCUGUAGAUGGAGAAUGGGGACCAUGGGGACCUUACAGCUCAUGUUCAAGAACUUGUGGGGGUGGAAUCAAGAGCACCACCAGGCUAUGCAAUAGACCAGAACCAAGAAAUGGAGGAAAGUACUGUGUUGGCCGUAGGAUGAAAUUUCGAUCCUGUAAUACCGAUUCAUGUCCAAAAGGCAAAAAAGAUUUCCGGGAGCAACAGUGCUCUGAAUUUGAUGGCAAACACUUUAAUAUCAACGGUCUUACAUCUACCGUUCGCUGGCUUCCAAAGUACAGUGGUAUUUCUAUGAAAGAUCGCUGUAAACUUUUUUGCCGAGUUUCUGGAACAACUUCCUACUAUCAGCUGAAGGACAGAGUUGCUGAUGGUACUCCCUGUGGAGCAGAAACCAAUGACCUUUGUGUUCAAGGCUUAUGCAGGCAAGCAGGCUGUGAUCACGUUUUGAAUUCCAAGGCGAGAAGAGACAAAUGUGGAAUCUGUGGUGGUGAUAAUUCUUCAUGUAAGACUCUUGCAGGUACUUUCAACAGUGCUCGUUAUGGUUACAAUGUUGUAGUAAAGAUUCCCAAAGGAGCAACAAACAUUGAUAUUCGGCAGCACAGCUACUCAGGGAAACCAGAAGAUGACAACUAUCUUGCUUUAUCUGAUAUUCAUGGAAAUUUUAUCUUGAAUGGAAAUUUUGUUGUAAGCAUGUCAAAAAAAGAAAUCAAUAUACAAGGAGCCAUUUUUGAGUACAGUGGUUCAAACAACACGAUAGAACGAAUUAACAGCACUGAUAGAAUUGAAGAAGAGCUAACCUUACAGGUUUUGUGUGUAGGGAAUUUGUACAACCCUGAUGUGCGUUAUUCAUUCAAUGUCCCAAUAGAAGACAGAAGUGAUCUGUUUACAUGGGAUCCUUAUGGACCCUGGCAAGACUGCAGCAGGAUGUGCCAAGGUAUUCGAAGAAGAAGAAUGACAUGCAUACGUAAAAUUGAUCAUGUGGUAGUGUCUGAUCAGAGAUGUGAACUCUUACCCACUGUACCAAAUGUCUUUGAGGAGUGUAAUACAGAGUGUGAAUUAAGGUGGCACAAUGUUGGCAAAAGUGACUGCACAUCGAAGUGUGGCCCAGGGUAUCGGUCUAUAGAGAUCCACUGCAUGAAAUACUCUAUUUCAAAAGGACUUAGUGCCCCAGUGGAUGAUAAGUACUGUGCUGAUCAGCAGAAACCACCAACCAGAGAGCCCUGCCAUGGUGACUGUAUGUUAACAAGUUGGCACUACACAGAAUGGUCAGAGUGUUCCAGGAGCUGUGAAAGAGGUGUCAGAACCAGAGAAGCUUUUUGUAUGAACAAUUUGGGUCGUCAUCUUCCUGACAGAGAAUGCCAGGAACUUCCAAGACUUGUAACACAGAUAUGCAAUGAAUUCUUAUGUCCAAGCUGGUCUGUUAGUGAGUGGAGUGAGUGUCCUGUGACAUGCGGCAAAGGAAUGAAGCAUCGUCAAGUAUGGUGCCAACUUAAUGAUGAACAACUGAGAGAUGAUUUCUGUAAUCCAAAUGAUAGACCAGAAUCAAUAACGCCGUGUGAACUUCAUGAAUGUGCAUCUUGGCAAGUAGGGCCUUGGGGAUCAUGUACUGUAACUUGUGGACGUGGAUACCAGAUGCGUGCAGUCAAAUGUGUUACUGGGACUUACAGAGUUAUUUUGGAUGAUGACAGGGAAUGUAAUGCUGCUACCCGUCCUAGAGAUAACCAAGAAUGUGAAUUGCCCUCUUGUCCAGAAAAUACAAAAUUAUGGACUACAUCGCUUCCUUUAGUUCAUAUGGGGAAGGUGACUCAAUGGAGAUACGGAUCAUGGACCCCAUGCUCUGCAUCCUGUGGGAAGGGUGAUCGCGCUCGCUAUGUGAGUUGUAGAGAUGCUCAUGGAGGAAUAGCAGAUGAAUCUUUCUGUGCUCAUUUACCUCGACCAGCUGAAAUUUCAAGCUGCUUUAGCCCAUGUGGAGAGUGGCAAGCUGGAAAGUGGUCUCCUUGCACAGUUACGUGUGAUAGUGGAAUAGUAACAAGACAAGUUAUCUGUGUCAACUACCAUCAACAAAUCAACGAGAAUUACUGUGAUCCUGAAGGCCGACCUUCCAAAGAACAAGAAUGUAACAUGCCACCAUGUCCACCAGUUUAUCAUCAUAUUCCGAAAGUAGAUGACCAUCCAAGCCAUUUUCCAGAAAUAGGUUACCUUCCAAUACACCAUCCGCAAGACAAUAUAAACCAGUGGAACCGUCCCUCUGUGGGAGGAUAUCAAUGGAGAACUGGACCCUGGGGAGCAUGCUCUAGUACUUGUGCAGGUGGAUUUCACCGUCGAGUUGUAGUAUGUCAAGAUGAGGAAGGAAGAAGUGCUGGUUAUUGUGAUGAGGCAACAAAACCUCCAGAGUCAAGACACUGUGAUUCUGGACCCUGCCCACGAUGGAACUAUGGCAACUGGGGAGAAUGUACUCAAACUUGUGGAGAUGGAAUAAAGACAAGGCUGGUGAUUUGUCAGCUUCCUACUGGCCAAAUGUUGGGUGAUCAAAACUGUGAAAUUCUAGACAAGCCUCCUAAUAUGGCACAAUGUAAUGUGCAUUCUUGCCCUGGUGAUGUUUCAUGGCAUCGGGGACCGUGGAAAUCGGUACGCUAG